AUUUUAGGAACUAAUGGAUAGUGGGCAAAAAACACACAGUGAGCGGUUAUAGAGUAAUUAAAGGACGUAUGGUUUUAUAAUUGGAUGUAUGUUUUUGUUUUUUAAAGAAAAGUAGGUUAGUCUUUGAUACAUACUCCGAUACAGUAGGAGGCAGUAUCCGCAUUGAAAGUCAUACUUGAAACCCGUUAUUAAACCGAAGAACGUAAACGCAACAGCAAAUGUGUAAAACAUGUGCUUCGCAGUUUUUUGUUUGUUUAAACACCCUUCUCUGUUCAAUCCUGUGGUAAAUUAUUCCAUGAAAUCAAUGACAGGAAGUGCACAUACGUCACAUAAAACGCACAACUCGGACGUGCACAAUAAGCGCGUUUGACAUUUGUUGGUUCAACUGAAGCAAAUCAGUGUCAAAUAUGCUCCAGAGGCUCGCUGUGCUCCUGCGACAGCCCGCAGCCGCUUCAUUUGUACCUGCGCCCGUGCGGAGCCUCUCCUCGGGUUGCGUGAAUAUCACUGCACCGCUAAACUUCUGGGGAGGAAAAAGAAGGACAAGCAAAGAAAGGAGCAACGGGGAAAACGUCUACGAACCUGCAACAGGACGUGUCCUGUGCAUAUUGGAGCCAUGUGGUCCCUCAGAUGUAGACCAGGCUGUGGAGGCGGCCAAGUCAGCUUUUGGACACUGGAGUAAAAUGUCUGGGAUGGAGAGAGCAAGGGUCAUGAUAGAAGCUGCCCACAUCAUUGAGAACAGGAGAGAGGAGAUUGCCGAAAUGGAAGUGGUCAACAAUGGGAAGUCCAUCACAGAGGCCCGUCUGGAUGUGGACUCUGCCAGACUGUCUAUAGAGUACUAUGCUGGACUCGCCAGCAGUCUUGCUGGCCAGCAUGUGCAGUUGCCAGGCGGAUCGUUUGCCUACACACGCAGGGAGCCUUUGGGGGUGUGCGUAGGCAUCGGUGCUUGGAAUUACCCUUUCCAGAUUGCCGCAUGGAAGUCAGCCCCUGCACUGGCUUGUGGCAACUCCAUGGUGUUCAAGCCCUCCCCAGUCACGCCUCUGACAGCCGUCCUGCUAGCAGAGAUCUAUGCUGAGGCUGGGGCUCCAGAGGGGCUCUUCAAUGUGGUGCAGGGCGGGCAGGAGACGGGCAGCUUGCUUUGCCGCCAUCCUGAUGUGGCAAAGGUGUCCUUUACUGGGAGUGUGCCAACGGGACAGAAGAUUAUGGAAAUGGCAUCCAAAGGGGUCAAGCCUGUGACCUUGGAGCUCGGGGGUAAAUCUCCCCUGCUCGUCUUUGAGGACAGCGACCUGCAGAACGCAGUGCGGGGAGCUCUCAUGGCAAACUUCCUUUCUCAAGGCCAGGUUUGUAGCAACGGAACAAGAGUUUUUGUCCAGACUGAUAUUCUGCCUGAAUUUGUGGCGGAAGUGGUGAAGAGAACACAGGCUAUUGAGAUUGGCGACCCGCUAUUAGAGAGUACGCGAAUGGGAGCGCUGGUCAGCCGAACACAUCUAGACAAGGUCCUAACCUUUGUGGAUCAGGCAAAGAAGGAGGGGGCUGCUGUGUUGUGUGGGGGUGAAUCCUUUGUCCCAUCAGACCCUAAACUUAAAGGUGGAUACUACAUGACACCAUGUGUUCUCGCCAAUUGCAAAGAUGACAUGACCUGCGUGAGGGAGGAGAUCUUUGGUCCCGUCAUGUCGGUGCUGUCUUUUGACACGGAACAGGAGGUGCUGCAGCGAGCCAAUGACACCGCCUUGGGGUUGGCUGCAGGAGUUUUCACCAGUGACGUGAAGCGUGCCCACCGUGUGGUUGAACACCUCAAUGCUGGUUCUUGUUUCAUCAACAACUACAACAUCACUCCUGUGGAAGUUCCCUUUGGAGGCUUCAAAAUGUCAGGCAUAGGACGGGAGAACGGCCAAGUGACGAUUGAAUACUACUCGCAGCUGAAGACUGUCUAUGUGGAGAUGGGAGACGUUGACAGUCUUUUCUAGGACACACACGAUCCACGGCAUUAUGGAUAUGCCUUUAAUCUUUGAGUGAAUGUUAAGUAAGGACAACUGAAAUGUUUGCACUAUGCCGCCAUUGCCAACUACAGCAGUAUUUUCAACUGUAACUUUGUCCAUUAAUUAUUUCACAAAAUUUGAAUAAUUUUGCAUUUCUUGCUUCAUUCUGAAGCAAAAAUCAACAUAUCACACAUUUUUAUGAUUUUUUUUUAAUUCAUGGACAAUUUUUAAAAUAUACUUGAAUUAUGAACAAUUUAUCAAAAAACUGUGAUUCAGUGUCACAGAUUGGAAAGUCUUAUUGACAUGCUUUAGGAGAAGAGUUUUUAUAUAACAUAUAUAACAAACAUUACUGUAACAUUAUGGUCAAAGUUGCAAUAAAAUGAGGAAACUGUAUAGUUGUGA